GCCGAAACCCAGGGGUCAUGCAGCCUCACUCGCCGCCGAAGAUCUCUCGCGCGAACAACCCGCGCCAUCCGCGAGAAGAGGACUAGCGGCAAGCCGACUCCCUGGGGAGACAACGAGACCAGCUCCGCUGUAAGAAGACGGGAGAAGGAUGGGCGGCGGAGGAUGGCUGGGUGGGUGGUUACAACGAUGCAGGGAGUCACGACGACUCGUCCUGGUGAUCGUCGCCAUCGCCCUUCUCCUCGACAACAUGCUCCUCACCACUGUAGUACCCAUAAUCCCCGAAUUCCUCUACGACAUCCGGCACCCGAACGCAACCCUUAGUGAACAUCUUGAAGGAGCAACACAGCACACGACAACGACAACGACAACAACCCCGUUUCCUGCACCAAAAUGCCAGUGUCCAAAUAACGGAUCGAACAACGCCCUAGAGUUUCUGGUCACAAGCACGACACCUGCAGAUAUUAUUGGUAACAUGACUAACGCGACCUCACUAAAGGACAGAGAGAACGAACAGCGUCACAAGGAACUUCUGGAAGAAACCGUUGCCGUUGGGAUGAUGUUCGCCUCUAAGGCUUUCGUACAACUCCUUGCUAACCCCAUCGUCGGUCCACUUACACACAAAAUCGGAUACAGCAUUCCAAUGUUCACCGGUUUCAUCAUCAUGUUUCUCUCUACUCUGAUAUUCGCAUUCGGACGAAGUUACAGCGUCCUGUUUUUGGCUCGCGCACUUCAGGGCAUAGGUUCAUCUUGUUCGAGUGUUUCAGGCAUGGGCAUGCUGGCUGAAAGGUACCAAGACGACAAAGAGAGGGGAAACGCAAUGGGCAUAGCUCUGGGGGGUCUCGCCCUCGGAGUGCUGAUCGGCCCACCCUUCGGCGGCGUGAUGUACGAAUUUGUCGGAAAGUCUGCCCCGUUUCUCGUCCUCUCUGCACUGGCCCUUGGCGACGGUUUGUUGCAGCUCCUCAUGCUGCAGCCAUCGGUCGUCUACACCGAAGCCGAUCCACCAUCCCUUAAAGCCCUCGUCACUGACCCUUACAUCAUUAUCGCAGCAGGCGCAAUCACAUUCGCGAACAUGGGUAUCGCUAUGCUAGAGCCGAGUCUGCCAAUAUGGAUGAUGGACACGAUGGGAGCGAGUCGUUGGAAACAAGGCGCAACGUUUCUUCCUGCCAGCAUAAGUUAUCUAAUUGGAACUAAUCUCUUUGGACCUCUAGCGCAUAAAAUGGGCAGAUGGCUCGCCUCAAUGAUCGGACUCGUUGUUAUCGGAGUGUGUUUGAUGUGCAUCCCAUUAGCCACGAAAAUUGACCAUCUGAUAGUCCCAAAUGCGGGUUUGGGAUUCGCUAUUGGGAUGGUUGACAGCUCGAUGAUGCCGGAACUCGGCUACCUUGUUGACAUCCGGCACUCGGCCGUUUAUGGAAGCGUUUACGCUAUUGGCGACGUCGCAUUUUGCCUGGGAUUUGCUAUCGGACCGGCAUUGAGCGGGACGUUAGUAAAUACGAUAGGAUUCGAAUGGAUGCUGUUCGGUAUUGCUAUACUGAAUUUCUUGUAUGCUCCUCUCAUGUACUUCCUGCGAGCACCGCCGACGAAAGAAGAAAAGAAGUCUUUAAUUAUUGGUGAAAAAUCUUCCGUACGAUACGUAACUUACCAGAACGAAGAGGAUGGCGAACAAUAGGUUAGUAGUAAAUUAUUACACGAAUAUUGAUCUUGGUAUAUGUAUUAAGAACCGGCCUCGAUCGAUUCGACUAUGACUGUUAUAAUUAUUUCGUAUACAUCAACGAUGAUUUACCGUGAGUUUCAUGCACAUGGAAUGGAUAUAGGUACGUUGCAUAUUUAUGAAAUUAGCAAAUUUUUUUUCUUUUGAUUCGUUUCGUUUGAUGUUCAUUUCGAAGUCUGAUUCGAAAAAAGAUUCUAUACGCUUUCUCCGCAUCAAAUUAUACCUUCAUAUUUAUAUAUAAUUGAUAAUAAAGGUUUACAUUAUGUAUGCAGUUUCAGCAAUUCAAAUAUUACAUGAGUUGUAGUAUUGAUAAAUACUAAAGCUGUAGUUGAUUAGAUACUUAAGUAGCGGAAAUAUUCGGGGUAGAAUAGCUGUAGGCUAUAAUAAUGUGUUUACAAUAGUGUAAGUACAAUAUUCAAAACAAAAACGGUGCAAUAUAUACAAGGCAUUAUACUCCACGCACGGUUUACUAAAUUUUAAGAGAGAUGACAUUAAAAUUUUAGAUGACACGAUCACGAUAUACUUGUAUUAAAGCAUACAUGAGAUACAUAAAUUAAUAACAAUCUAUUAUAGAGGAAGCUUCUCGUAAAAAUAGAUUACAUAUGCAUGGGGUAAAAACAUAUAUCGCUGUAUAUCGUUACGAUUUAGAGGGUACAUGUGAUGAAUCGUAGAAAAAAAAACAAGGAUUUCGAACUCGAAUGUUGUAAAACUCCACAAAAAAAGUAAAAAAAUUAAAAAAUGUUGAAAUACAAAAAAAAAAGACAGCAAAUCUUAUGCAGUAGUUGAGUAAUAAUCGUUGUUGUAAUUCAAGAUUACAAUAUAUACUACUAUAAUUAAAAAUCAGGACGGCAAACAUGAAAUGGACGUAACCACAAGCAAAAUUUAUUAUUCCGGCACAAAUCCUUAUGUUUGCUAAUUAUUUACGAGGUGAAAGUUUUUCGUUUAUUCAAAAUUUGCAAAAAUAAAAGAGGCACCGCCCAGCGUGGAUUCCUUGAAUGGCUGCAAGGAAACCGGGCGAUACACAAGCAGCUGGGUAUUAUGAAGAGUCCUCAAAAUUCUACGAUUAUAAAAUCGUUCGUGUAAUUGGUGUGAGAAUCAAAAUGAUAAAAAGACGAAAUCGAAAAAUACAACCCUCUGAAUAAGUGGCAACGAAUAUUGGAUUCGCAAGUGAUCCGGAAGCAGCGAGUACUUAUCGGUCAUGAGGAAUUAAUUUUUUCCCUUUUUUUCAAUCGCACAGCAUGACGAAAAGGCUCGACGAAUUUUCGAAUAUUUCGAGUUUUACGGAUGAAGAAGUAAUAAAAAUGUAUUUGCGGCGCAAACUGUCGCGAUUGUCGGUGCUAGCUCGACGGGUUUGUGGGAAAGAAAAGAUUGCAGGUCUCGGAUAAAACGCAAUAGUUAUGGCUCCGUAGAACGUUCGUAGAAGCAAUACAUCAUAUUAUACGUAAUACUGUAUAAUACAUGAGUAUUCGUUAGCUAAUACAUAUAUAUAUAUAUCUAUAUGUAUAACUUAGAAAAAUUACGAUCUCUGUUCAAUGUCUGUUCUGUAUUUGAGUCAUUGAACUUGAAUAUGAUGCAAGACUUACCGCAGUACUUAAUUGAUUAAUUAGAUUGCGUUGUUAAGUCCAAGAAGGAAAAUUAUUGUUUCCCAUAUAAUCGCAGAAAAAUUUGUGUCGAGAUCCUAAGCUACUACAAGUACCAGUUGCAUGCGUUAUACCUAUAUUAAAUAUUACAUAUAUAUAUAUGUAUACUAUAAAUGUGUGUAUUCAUUGAACGUGCAGAUUUAGGAAUAGAAAGUUGUCUAUAUAAUACACGACAAACAUCUCAUCUAUGAUAAUAUACUCGCGUGUCAUAGAUAUACGUAUAUAUGUUUAUGAUCGUUCGGUGUGUUAAAAAAACUAUUCUUAGUGCAAAACUGCGCGCUGACAUUCCAUAUAUGUAGCUGCACCGUGUAUAACGGAUGUUUAAAUAUUUGUCUAUGCUUAUCCGCGUAAUAUUAUAUACAGGUAUAUAUUCCACGUAUAAUGAGAAUCAAAUUAUCGUGAAUCUGUGUCUACGAGCUUAAUAAUAAUAUCUGUGCAAGUCUCGAGUAUAACGAAAAGUUAUUAUGCGUGUUUAAAAGGAAUUAUUCGUGUUGUGUAGUCACAAGGGGCCAGUCGGAGGGAUUAGACAAUGUUGAAUUACGACACCGGAGACUAUCGGCUAGUACGCACAUCCGUGUUUGCGCUGCAUUCGUUUGGAAAAUCAAACGGGGUCGCUUUGCGCGGCUACUCCCAAGUACGAUAACGCGAGUCAAUUUAGUUCGAGGUUUCGUGGAGCCUGGUCUGAUCAUCGAAGAAAUUUGCAUGCACGCUUUUAAAAUCCAAAAUAGCGAAUCAUUCGCACCUGGCACAAUGAGCUUGGCUCGGCUCGGAGCGGCUGUUUAUUGUAUAAUUAUACCCAAGGUGAUGAUGUAUUCACAGUAAAGAUACUCCGUAGAUCGUCUACGUAUACAUAUAUACGUUACCAAAUUGAUCAUACUAUAUUUUUGACGAUGUAUCAUAUAAUCAGAUCACUGCUGCUGAGAUACCUUUAGAAAUGUUCUUAUCUAAAUAUAUUCUUCUCCAUCUUCUUCUUUCAUUUCCGCAUUAUCUACACUACUUUUCCAUGCGGAUACUCGUUCAUAAAUUAUAAUUUUUUACAACAUGCUUCAUCGAUACGUAGUGUAUUUUCAUUUGUACAUUGUCCGUGUUAAUCGACAAAAAUUAUGCAAAAAUUACGUUUCCAAAGAUUUUUUUUAACAAUAAUUUUUUUCACAUUACUGCUACGUUGCGAAUGCUUAGUUUAUUAUACACAUAUACGUUUAUCAUUCAUUGCUACCUAACGGAAAGGAAGAAAUUAUAUCAUUCCGUAAAGUGAAUUAUAUAUUAUACUGAUGCGGCAAUAAAUUAAUAUGUUGCCAUCGCUAGAUAUUCGAAUUGCCGAUGCAAUCAAAUGGUACAAGGCCCUGUAUAGAAAGACGAGUUGUAGCGGGCAGUUGAAAAGACAACGAACGUAUUUAUAUAUAUAUAUAUAUAUAACCCUAUACUAUGAUUUUUAGUGUAACCUAAUUGUGUAUGCGUGAUAAAUUAUUGUGUUUGAUCUGGAAAAGAAUGUCCUUCAUGUGCAGCAGUAGCCAGCGUUAUGUUCAUUUCCGAGUUAUAAGGGUUAAAGAAAAAAAGAAAAAAUAAUCAAGGAAAUAACUAACAAAUUUUUGGAGUAACGCGCGUGCACUAGUUGUAUAAAUAAGUAAAAUUAAUCAUAAAUCCGUACGUAUAAUAGGUACAUUAUGAUACCUGGAUAUACAUACUAUAACUGUACUAAUAAUUAGCGAUUAAAAAUUUACCCGUUCCGUCGCAGUAUGUAUGUAUUCGCUUCCCGGCGCUGUUAAUUAUUCUUUCAUCUCUUUAUGGAACCAUCGCAUUUUUUUGCGAGGUAUACAAGAGAAAAUUUAGAAUUUAAUCAUCGAAUGUUAUGAAUUUUUAUUUAUUUAUUUAUUUUUUUUCACUCUCUUUUGGAAAAGAAAAUUUCCGUAUGUCAUUUAUACCUCGACGUAAAUUAUGUACAUACCACUUGCAAUUUUAUUGAAAUUUACGUUCGGUUACCAAUUCAUAAUGCAGAUAGAAAUACUCACCAAUUGAUAUUGGACAAACUUUACUAAUAAUACUCUCGUGAUUAUCGACGAAGUUGUUUUUUUUUUUCUUUAAUUUUCACCUACUUACGCACAUGAUAAAGUACAGGAUGAAUUGUUCGAUCAUUUUUGAUCCCGAGUAUUUUUUUCGUUUAAUAGAAGUGGAAGUAACUCGUUGAGGGCUGCUAUUGUGAACCGACAAUAAGCAAAAAAAAAAAAGCACAACUCCUUGUAACUAAAAUUUGGGAGGAUAUUUCGCCACUUUGCUUGAAAAAAAACGAUAAUAAUGUAAUGAUUACUUGUUUCAAUUGCGACUGUUACACGUUACGCCUGAUUUGUUUUAUUUUAUGCCUCUGUUUGUAAUUAGUUUUUCGUUCCAAAGCCGCAAGGCAGUUUUGAGUAACCGUCGCCUAUCGUUUGCCGUAAUUCAUAUCGCGUGAAUAAAUUAUUAAUCGUAUAUUAUAUUGUAAUAUUUAACCAGCUGGUGUAUGGGUCCGAUUUUUGCCUGUGUAAUAAAUAAAGGCGUGUUCUUAAAAGAUUAUGUAUAUUCAUCGAAUUAUUUCGAAUCAUGUACAGCGUUUAAAAUAUCAUGUCAUAAUAUUCUAUUCAUGUAGAGCAUCGAAAAUUACACCAGCUCCGAGCUCUGCCAAAUCCGCUUGAUGUGAAAUUGUUAUAUUUAUUGACAACAACCUUCAAACGAUUGGCGAUCUCUUAUCGUUAAAAUUAUAAUACAUGAUAUUAUAUUUAUAGUAACCAACUACCUUGAUAAAACUGUAUAACGAUGUAUAGAUAUGAUGUGUAUAAUAGAUCAUUUUACGACGGGUAUCACCUUGCAUGGGAACUCUAUGUAUAAUGUAUAUUGUUACCAGUAUUAUUGUUAGAUAUUGUUUCCAUUCUCAUUGUUAGAAUAAUCAUUGUUGCAAGAGUAUUUAUGAAUAUCGUCUGCUUUGAAAUGUUGAAAACUGUAAGCAUAUUCGUGAUAUAACGAAAUAUGCGGCGACACUGUGUACUGGAAAUGAUGAAUGAUAAAACUGCAGAUCGAAAAAUUAUAUAAAAUAAAGUAAAAUAAUCAGAGCAACUAAUCUCUAAUCACGUGAAUACGAUGUGUACCGAAGUUUAAUGUAUAUGUAUGUCACGUAUGUAUAUCUACAUAUAUAUAUGAGAAAUGUGCUGAAGCAAAUAAAUCAAUAUAAACCACA